AUGAGCACUGUUGUUGACAAAAAAGAAGAAAUUCCGACAAUAGAUCUAGGAGAAGUUAGAAACAUAACAAUAACGCUCAGUGGAACAGACAGGAAGAUCAUGAACAAAUUUUCCAAAGAAUUUUACGAUUUUAUUCAGAAAUUUGAUCCAUCCGCCAAGGAGCCGGUCAUUCUCCCAACAGCCGAAGCCGUAUUUACAACCAGGAAAUCUCCUUGUGGAAAUGGCACAGCUACGUUCUCCAAACACACACUGAGAGUGUUCCAGAGGAAGUUUGAUCUCACUGCGCAUGACAAGAACAUCACAAGAGUAGCCGAGUUCCUUAAAAACAGUACGAUUGAUGCUCAGUUAAAAGUAAAUUUCUAA